AGGCUUAAUUGAUUAAAUAUGUUUUAGGCUACUCGCUGUCGGCUCGGCUGAUUAACGUUAAUUGUCAUUAAAAAAAAAAAUGCUCCAAACAUUUUUCUAAACUAACUUGAUAAAGAAAUGAAAAGAAACAUAACAUAAAACUGACCCCUUUUUUAAUUGCUGCAAAUAGGGCAGGCUUCCGCUGUGUAAUAAAAUAAAUAAAUAAAUAAAAACACAGGCUCGUGUCGGACUCGGGCUGAUAAUUCUGAUGAGCUGUCGGACACUGGUCGGGCUAGGGCCUGAGCGUCUCGGGCCAGGGCCGGGCUCGGGCCUAGAUUUGAGGCCCGUGCAGGGCUCUAAGAAAAUGCUAAACCGCCGGCGAAAUAUUCCUAUCAUGCCCGAGCGAUGCUGUGCAGUUGGAUGCGAUCAGAUACGUGAUCAUACAAAAGGAAUAUCUUUAUACCAAUUGAAAACCAAACAGGCAGAUCACAACCACAGAUCUUUUCCUGCAUUUUUUAAAAAUGCUGGCAAAAAUAAAAAACAUCUUGCCAGAUGUCACAGGCCAACAGUACCAGCAAAGGCUCAUAAAUAUUUUGAUUGUUCUGUGUCUUUGCUGGGAUCUAAAUCCGAUACAACCCCAUCUAUAUCCGAAGAGCUAGAGCUCAUGCAAGCAGGGCUAGGAAAGAGGACCCUGUCCUUAACAUCAGAUACAACACAUGCCGAGUUAUCAAGUUUGCUGCGGGAAGCAUACUCAAAAAUGAGUCAUUUGGAAGACAGGUGGCUUCUUUUCAAAGCUGCAGGUGGGAAUGGAAGGAGAAGAAUAUCUGUAAUACCAUUGGAGGCAGAGGGGUAUACAGGAUCAGUGAUCAAAAAGUGCUUCUAG